AAAUCUGAACAAAUUAGGUCGGUUCUGGUCUUAAAAAUUAACCCCGCUCGAUCUCGACAACUUCCUUCACCCUUUCUUCUUCCGUAACUCUCGAGUCCAUCUCCUCCUCUCCUCUCUCUCCCCCGUUCCUACGUUCCAAUCUCUCUCUGUCGCGAUGGCCAGCGCCCACUCCCCCGCUCUAUCGCUGGUGCUGCUUCUCCUCCUUUCGCCGUCGCUGGCGGCGUCUUCGGAGGAGCGAGAGAACAAGUCGUCAUCCCUGGGAGCCCUCUUCUGGGCCACCGGCAAGGACGAGAGCGAUCUGCUCACCGUGGUGGACUCCCACGACCCCUCCGCGGUGGAGAGCGAGAACGAUGAGUUCGCCGGGGGAUUCUCCUCUCUCGACGGCAUGUUGCAGUGGGCCAUCGGUCAUUCUGAUCCAGUAAAAUUGAAGGAAAAAGCAAAUGAUAUUCAAAAAUUAUCUGCAGAGGAGCUGAGAAAGAGACAAUUAGAAAUCAAGGAAUUGAUGGAGAGAUUACAGAUGCCGUCAGAUGCAGAGUUGAUGCAAACAGCAAUUAGUGAUUUGAAUAAUUCUUCUAUUUCUUUAGAAGAUCGGCAGUGUGCAUUGAAUGAGCUGUUGAUUCUUGUUGAGCCGAUCGAUAAUGCAAAUGAUCUCGACAAACUCGGUGGCCUUGUUGCAGUGAUUCGAGAACUCCAUCACUCUGAUCCAGAAAUACGGACCACUUCUGCCUGGAUUCUAGGGAAAGCUAGUCAGAAUAAUGCACUUGUUCAAAAUCAGAUCCUCGCAUAUGGAGUGCUGACAAAAUUGAUGAAGAUGGUGAACUCCAGUUUUACAGAAGAAGCCGUAAAGGCAUUAUAUGCCAUUUCAGCUUUGAUCAGAAAUAAUGAAGUUGGUCAAAAAUUGUUUUAUGCAGAGGAUGGAAAUAUAAUGCUUCAGGAUAUAAUGACCAACUCUAGCAUGGAUAUUCGCCUUCAGAAGAAGGCUGUUUUCUUAGCCACAGAUUUAGCAGACUAUCAGUUAGGGAAUGCAGACAAUGCUGAACUUUCUUUCCUUAGUGAUCGCCUCUUCUUAAAGGCUGUUGUUGAUUUGACAUCUGCACCUGACCUUGAUCUUCAGGAGAAGGCUUUGAUGGCUAUUAGGAGUCUACUCCAGCUUAGCUCCACCAAGGCUUUAGAUUUCAAAGAUUUCUGCAGUCUAGAUGAAGUCUUGGAGAGAAUGAGGGAGCAUCUGGGUAAGUUGAUAUCGCUGGAGGAACACACAGAAUAUGCGAGGGACUUGGAGAGCCUCCGUAGAGAGGUUUACAUCAUAUUCCACAAAAAGGUUGAGCAGGUAUGAUGUGCAGGUGACAUGGGUUCUAGCAUGAGAUGAAUCCUGCUUCUGGGUCUUAAUUUUGUAUUUAAGCCAUCGGAGUGGAAAGUAAUCAUUGUGAUGCUGCUAUAGUCCCUUCAGAAUUUUCUUCUCAGGUGCAGCUGCAGAAUUUUAUUGUUCUUGUCCUGUUAAAAUGACGUAUCUGUAGCCCAUUCCUUUUCUGAGCCGGAAAGAGAUGAGGAGCUUGAAAAAUUGGAAGCGUGAACGGCAACCAGUGGAUAAUUGGGGCAGUGACCAGUGUUGUGUGAAAUAUCUUGUGGAGGGCUCACCGCGCAUGAAAACCUGCUCGUUGUUGAAGCUGCUAGUUAUAGGAACUUAACAAAUACAAAUCACAAAUUCUGAUAUUUUCUCUUUAUCUUAUUGUUGGAAAUAUUCUUGUCAGCUGCACCUGUGCUCAGUUCAGCUUCUUGACCCCUAAACUAUUUGACAGGUGUUCUUCCCCAGGAGUAGGAGAAAAGAGCGAAAUAGCAUCCAGAAUGUGUGCAAAUACAUUAUAAUUUUUCCUGCACCUGCUUGUUAUUUAUGUACUUACCUGAUGAUGUUGAAUUAGGGCUGAAAACAGAUUGAUGUUAAUAUUCUAUAUCCUUGCUUGUCUUUAAUAAUUGGUGGAUAUAAAUAUGGAUACAAAUAUUAAUUAUAUGCUAAAAUUUAUGUUUGUAG